CCCGGUCCCGGUUCUGUCCCGUUCCGGCCAUGCGGCUGUCGCUGGUGCUGUCGGUUCUGCGGCCCGCCGGGCCCGUGGCCAUCGGCGUAUCUCUGGGCUUCACCCUCAGCCUACUCAGCGUCACCUGGGUGGAGGAGCCCUGCGGGCCGCCGUCGCACCCCGCCGCCCGCCCGCGCCCCGACGGGGGCCCCGCGUCGGCCCCCGGCCCCGGCAACACCAACGGCAACGCGGUCCGCAGGCCCAACGCUGUCCCCGCCGGACUGGGCGCCGACAGCUGGGAGCCCCGCGUCGUGCCCUACCGCCCGCCCAGCCCUGGCAGGGCUGCCAAGAAGGCCGUCAGGACCCGGUACAUCAGCACGGAGCUGGGGAUGCGGCAGAGGCUCUUUGUGGGUGUGCUAUCCUCCAAGAGCACACUGAACACACUAGGGGUGGCUGUCAACCGCACGCUGGCCCACCAUCUGGAGCGCCUGGUUUACUUCACGGGCACGCGGGGCCGCAAGGUGCCCCAUGGCAUGACAGUGGUGACACACAGUGACGAGCGGCCCAUCUGGAACAUGUACCAGACCAUCAGGUACCUUCUGGACCACUAUGUGAACGACUUUGACUGGUUCUUCCUGGUUCAGGAUGAUACCUACACAGAAGCGCACCGCAUCAACCGCCUGGUCGCCCACCUCAGCAUUGAUACCCACCUCUACUUGGGCCGCCCUGAGGAGUUCAUUGGUGGGGACACUGAGGGACGCUACUGCUAUGGGGGGUUUGGCUACCUGCUGUCCCGUAGCCUUCUCCUGCUCCUGCAGCAGCACCUGGAGAGCUGCCGCAAUGACAUCCUCAGCGCCCGGCCGGACGAGUGGUUGGGCCGCUGCAUCAUUGACUAUACAGCUGUCAACUGUGCCGAGGAACAUGAGGGCCUGCAUUACCAAUAUUUUGAGCUGGGGAAAAACACAGAACCCGAGCGGGAGACUGACCUCCGUUUCCAGAGCGCCUUCACUGUCCAUCCGGUGCUGGAUCCCCUCCAGAUGUACCGACUGCACAAGUACUUUGCCCAGGUGGAGCUUGAGAGGACAUACCAGGAGAUCCAGCAACUCCAGCUGGAGAUCCAGAAUGCCAGCAGCCUGUCUGCUGAUGGAGACCAUGGCGCCACGUGGCCCAUUGGCAUCCCACCCCCCUUCCAGCCAAAAACCCGGUUUGAGGUGCUGCGCUGGGACUACUUCACGGAGGAGCAGGUCUAUGCCUGUGUGGACGGCUCUCCCAAGUGCGAGCUGCGUGGUGCAGACCUGGCAGACGUGGCCGAUGUGGUGGCCACGGCUAUGGAGGAGCUGAACCGCAAGUACCAGCCGAUGCUGCACAUCCGCAAGCAGCAGCUGGUGAAUGGGUACCGGCGCUUCGACCCCACACGAGGCAUGGAGUACACGCUGGACCUGCAGGUGGAGGUGGUAACCCAGAAGGGGCACAGCCGCUCUGUCACCAAGCGUGUGCACCUUGUGCGGCCCCUCAGCGAGGUAGAGAUCAUCCCCAUGCCUUAUGUGACAGAGGCCAGCCGCAUCAAUGUCAUCCUGCCGCUGACGGCCCACGACCGGGACUAUGCUGCCCGCUUUUUGGAGGCUUAUGCAGCAGCAGCCUUUGAGAGCAGUGAGAAUGCAGUGCUCACCUUCCUCUUCAUUUAUGACCCUUUUGAGGCCCAGCAGGUCACCCAGAAUGAUAUCUUUGCCCAUGUGAAGGCCCAGAUCACUGAGUAUGAGCGCAAGUAUGCAGAGGUGAAGAUCCCAUGGAUCAGCGUCAAGACAGAUGCACCCUCCCAAAUCAAGGUCAUGGACAUCAUCUCCAAGAAGCAUCCUGUGGACACGCUUUUCUUUGUGGCCGGUGUAGGGACGGAGGUCACUGUUGACUUCCUGAACCGCUGUCGGAUGAACACCAUCAACAACUGGCAGGUCUUCUUCCCUAUCCACUUUCAGGGCUACAACCCUGCUAUUGCUCACCACAACCAGGUGCCACCCACCACACUGGACCUGGUGCGGGACGCGGGGCGCUUUGACCGUGACGUCUUCCAUGAAGCCUGCUUCUACAAUGCUGACUACAUGGCAGCGCGCACCCGCAUGAUGGGUGAUGUACAGGAGAAUGAGGACAUCCUGGAGACCCUAGACAUCUAUGACAUGUUCAUCAAGUACUCCAACUUGCAUGUCUUCCGAGCCGUGGAGCCUGCCCUACUGCAGCGCUACCGGCACCAGGCCUGCAACCCCCGGCUGAGUGAGGAGAUCUACCACCGCUGUGUGCAGAGCAGUUUGGAGGGCAUAGGCUCACGUUCCCAGCUGGCCAUGGUGCUUUUUGAGCAGGAGCAGGGCAACAGCACCUGAACCCUGGGGCACAGAGGGGCUGACCCUGCCCUAUCUGCUCGCCCCACCUCUUCUGCUGCCCAAAUCUGUCUUCCUCUUCCCAGCGACUGCCAGGAUCACCAGUGCCCAAGCUUGUGACUCACCCCACUGGGGCUCCCUGGGCUGGGGUCUGCCAGCCUGGAAUACUCAGGUCCUUCCAGAGAAGCUGUGGCUGUGCAGACCCCAGGGUGAGGUGAGGUUGGAGUUGUUGAGCUGCCAGUCAAGACACCCAGCUUCUCACCCAUAGCUGCUGGCCCUCCCACUUGAAGCCACUGGCCAGCAGGAGGUGGUGGGCUACCUUGUCCGUUGCUGUCCCCCCUCAGCUGAGGGCACACAGAGCCCAGGGUCCCCCUCCUGCAGGGACAUGACUAUAACAGGGCUGGGGUAAUCCCCUCCUGGGACACGUGCCCUAUGCUCCUUUGGUGCAUCAGCCUGGUCAUGCAGGGACAGCAGGAUGGGGCACAUCCCACCCCAAAAAAGCAAUAAUGAUGUUGGUUUUGGGGUUUUGCCGCUUGGCAAUAAGCCAGAGCACUCCUGGUGGGUGGGGGGGGGCGUCCUGGCUCCAGGCCAGUGAGCACAGGGGGUGCCAGAGAGGAUCCUGCUGUAUUCACGUACUGUGAUCUGCUCCCCAUGGGAACCGUGACCCAGGCCGCUUUGGCCUUCGCAGUAUCAAUAGGACGUCAGAGGUCGCAGCCCUCAGACAAAAGCCUCCAAAUAGAGGUGCUCCCACCUUCCUGCCACGGGGCCAUCCUCAGGGAAGGGGGACAUGGUGCCUGACUUGGUGGGCAUGGCAGAGGUUUGGCUGUGCAUCUCCUAAGGAGAAAGCGACUGAGGAGCUGCUCUCUGCUCCUGGUUUGUAUUUAAUAGUGGGGGGGUGAGGGAGGUGUAUGUUUACACUAAUAAAACAGAUG